UUUACUUUCCCUGCAGUAGCACUAGGGGGAACCAAAUAGCUUCCACGGAUGCAGAGAAGAACACAUUUCAUAGUAUUGUGUUUCCCCACGAUUGGGAUAAUUAGACAACGAGAACACACAUAUUUAAACUACUAUUAAUAAUAAAAGACGAAUGAAAAGAUGCCCACGGUUUAUUCCGCGGUCAACACGCCAAAAAAAAGAAGAAAAAUCCCUCCCUGGACCCACAACCCCCCCUCCUCACUCUCCCCCCAAACCUUGCAAUAGGAACUCGCCCCCUGGCUGUAAUUCGUCUACAGCCUUCAGUGGUGCCAGAGCGCUUCUCUACAGCAGAAAUGCGCUAUUCACUUUCACAGGUCCAUUGAAGCAGCACCUGGACCAACCAAGGACACCGCCGUUGAACCGAGCUGUUUGGGGGCAGCUUUUGUUUUCAACUCAAUGCCGACGGUGCGUAUUUUCUUUUGUUUCUUUUUUUUCAUCCCUCCUUGGGAUGAGACCUGAACGAAAAGUUGCCAAUACUCGUUUGCGCGAAGGACAAGGAGUCUGAAUCAUGCGUGGCGCAGAAUCUCCGCUCUGCUGCGAGUCAUUUAGAGGAGAGGAGCGCGUCUCCACCUCCACGAUUGCGCCCUGAAUGUUCCCGCAUGGGUUUGGGCAGCGGUUACCAAAGUUGCGCAAAGAUCCUGCUCCUUCGCAAGCAGCCACUGCCUUGCCGCGGGGCGAUUGACGCCAUGGCAGCCUUACGGAGGAAAUUUGGCGAGGACCACCAGGUGGUAAACACCAACCAGGACAUGACCUUUUCCGCGCAGGUGAAGAAAAAGAGGCAGCGGUUCGUGGAGAAGAACGGCCGCUGCAACGUCCAGCACGGCAACCUUGGCGGGGAGACGAGCCGAUACAUCUCCGAUCUCUUCACCACGCUGGUGGACCUCAAGUGGCGCUGGAACCUGCUCAUCUUCAUCCUCACCUACACGGUCGCGUGGCUGGUCAUGGCUUCGAUGUGGUGGGUGAUCGCGUACAUCCGCGGCGACCUGAGCCACGGCGGCCACGACGCGUCCUACACGCCGUGCGUCGCCAACGUGUUCAACUUUCCCUCCGCGUUCCUGUUUUUCAUCGAGACGGAGGCGACUAUUGGCUACGGCCACCGCUACAUCACGGAGAAGUGCCCGGAGGGCAUCAUCCUCUUCCUCUUCCAGUCGCUGCUGGGGUCCAUCGUGGACGCCUUUCUCAUCGGCUGCAUGUUCAUCAAGAUGUCGCAGCCCAAGAAGCGCGCCGAGACGCUGAUGUUCAGCCAGGACGCGGUCAUUUCGCAGCGGGACGGCAAGUUGUGCCUCAUGUUCCGAGUGGGGAACCUGCGGAACAGCCACAUGGUGUCUGCGCAGAUCCGGUGCAAACUCAUCAAGUCUCGGCAGACGCCGGAGGGCGAGUUCCUGCCUCUGGACCAGUGCGAGCUGGACGUGGGUUUCGGGACGGGGGCGGACCAGCUCUUCUUGGUGUCGCCUCUAACCAUCUGCCAUGAGAUCAACGCCAAGAGCCCGUUCUUUGAUCUGUCGCAGCGCUCACUAAUGAACGAGGAGUUUGAGAUCGUUGUCAUUCUUGAGGGCAUCGUGGAAACCACCGGUAUGACGUGCCAGGCGAGGACAUCUUACACCGAAGACGAAGUUUUGUGGGGCCAUCGUUUCCUCCCCGUCAUGUCCCUGGAGGAGGGCUUCUUCAGAGUGGACUACUCCCAGUUCCACAACACCUUUGCGGUCAACACGCCUCCCUGCAGCGUCAAAGAGCAGGAGGAGAAGUCCUUGUUGACGUCGCCCAACUCCCUCCCCGUCGCCCCCUCCUCCCCUCAGCCGGGCAACGGCGGCCGCGGAGGCCGCAGGGAAAGGCUGCUGUCGGCGGACUACGCAGACCACGGCGAGGACCAGGCCUCCAGGCUGCCCAGCAAACUCCAGCGCAUGAGCUCCACGAAGGAGGAGCUCCACAGGAGGGGGUUGAACACGGGGCCGGCCUUGCCCGGGGGGAAGGCCUCCAGCACGGGAGACCUUCCGCUUAGCAUCCAGAGGCUGAGGUCGAGCUCCAUCCCGGUCGGGAGGCAAGGACAGCAGCCGGACGAGCAGCUCCAGCUGCUGUCCUUAGGUGGAGAGGCCCGGGAGGCCGAGCUGGAGAAAAGCAGACUCCCGGCGGCCGUCAGCACCGCCGACGCUCCGACCACAGCCCCAGUUCAGAUCUUCUUCGUAGGGAGUCGGCAGGAGGACAACCUGCCGGCCAAACUGCGCAGAAUGAAUGCGGACCGCUGACUCCUGGAGGCUACCUUUGAGACUUCGGACAAUUUAAUCAGGCUUUAUGGGCAUUUCAUACAAAUAAAAACUACUGUGAUAUCAGUUUUAGUUUUUUUCUGUGGAUUUCGGCCAGUAUUUUACAUUUGCUCACGGGCUCUUUACUACUAAGUUGUCUUUUGCCACAAGUGGAAGGACAACGCCAAUAAGCCAUCCAUCCGCUCACACUGUGAGUCAUUUUUGAUAGAUCACCAUCUGUGCCCCCUCCCUCCCCCACUGACUUCUGACACGUCUGCCCUGGUUCUUCUUCUUCUUUCAUAUGUGUCCUUAGAGUUUCAUCAAAGACUUUAAUAUAUCCACUUUUUAAAUUCAAUCUGCAGCACAAAAGUGGCGGUGAUGAAUGAGGCCGACCUGAAUAAACCCCUUGUCCCGUCACAGCUUAGCAACUGUAAGGUGCUGCGGGUCGGUCGAGCGUAAGCUUUUUUCGGGGAGACUUAAUGCACGAUGAAAGCAAGGAGGCGCAAAGUUUGCCCUCAACCAUUCGGGACCCGAGCGAAUCGAUUCACAAGACACGACCGAGCAGCAACGAUGAGGAUGAGGGUGAACUUUUUCAAGUUUAUGACAAUGGUUGCAAAAUCCAGUGGCUCUGUUGAGUGGAUCUCUUCCGUAAGAGAUCCACUCAUCGAUAAAGAUGACCGGAGUAUAGGUGUGAGGAUGAAAAGGCGAGUUUAUAUGCUUCAGAGUGAGCUGCUACAAGUUGUCUGGCUUACAAGCUGAAGGCCAAGUUGCAUUACAUGCCUUAGUAGCCUUACAAUUAGCUAUGAAACCGCUUGAAAAAUCUUACGGUUGCAGACAGUUAAGAACGUUUAUAUGACUGUUGCGAAAGUACAAACUUGACAGGCAUAUCAACAGUAACUGAGGCAGUCAAUCAACCCGAGAUGGCUUAAAAAACAUACUUUGCCUACCAAUUUACUAACUGUUUGUUUAUCUGAAUGCUCAUUUUAUUUCUAUAAUUUCUACCGUACAAUUUUAACUAUUUUUAGCUCAGUUUGCAUUAGCCCAUAAUAACCAUGGGUGACAGAUCGAUUUUGGACUCUUUCUUUGAAAACUGAUUCAUUAAAAUGUAAAAAUGUAUAUUUUGGAAUGACAGGUUGACAUCCGGGGAUUCAUGUAUUAUUACUUACAUAAAGUGAAUAUAAAACUUCAUACUGCAAGUGCUGGAUAAUAAAUUAUUUACAAUCAGAA